AGCCUGCAGAGUAGUAUGAUUUCCCAGAAAAAAAAUGCAGUGGCUCAGCAACUAUCAUCAGCAAGACUUCACAAAAUUAAAGAGCUGAAGAAUGAAAUAUUUGAUUUACAAUGCAAAUUAGAAGCAUCAAGCUUAGAAAACCACGUUUUGAAACAGCUUCAGUGUCGACACUCAAAAGCAAUAGGUAGAUACAAAAGUUCAGAAAGUAACUUGCCAGAUCUUUUAGCAAGUCAUUAUAAUGAGGUGAGAGCUUUAAGAAGACUCCUGAGCAUGUCUCAGGAGGACGAGAGAAGUACAUCCAGGAAGCUCAGAAAAGUUGAAGUGGAGCUGCUAAAAGCUAAAGAUGCUUUGCAGACCUUGCAUAUACUUUCGGAAGACAAAGCUCUUGCAGAGAGAGAGGAACUUGAUCACAGAUUAUCAGUUGUUACAGCAAAAAUGGAAGCGAAUGAUAAGAGAAUACAGAGCCUAGAAAAGCAGCUGAAGUUGAACAAUAGCACCUUUAGUCGUCAGCUGGCAAAGGAGAACAAAAAAGCUGUGGAAGCUGGGAUAAUUACAAAGAACUUGCAAAUGGAAAUUAACUCUCUUCACCAAAAAAUUAAGGAAAAGGAUCGGCAACUUUAUGUAAAAAAUAUCUAUGCAAAUCAGAUGCCUAAAAUCCCAAAAGACAAAAGUGAUUCAGUAUCUCAUGAAAAAAGUCUUAGUAUAAACAGAUCAGUACAAGUAGAUGAACAGAGUUUUAGAUCACUGCUGCUGUCACAGUACCAAACUCAGGAAACAGAAAAAAGUCCAAUUCAGCUAACAAAGGAGAAAAAGUAUUUAGAAGAUAAGAAUCAAAAAGCUAAAGCAAAGGAAGCAUACACAGAUGCCCAGUGUAGAACAGAAAAGCAAUCAACCAAGAAAAUAUCAAAGCCAGAAACUUUUAAUAGAACACGUAGAGAGUAUUUAAGGGAGCGCAGACUACUGACAGAAGAAUACACUUCUUUGGAAUUUAUGAAAGAAGAAGAAAGAGAGACACAUUUGCUUAAAGGGAGCUGAAAAAAACUGAUGAAAACUGAACAAACUCCUCUAAGUGACAGUGUAAAAGAGAACAAUCAAGAGGAGGAUGCAGUGGAAGAAUAUGAAAAGAAGAAACAGCCAGAUGAACAGCUAAAUAACAGCGAGAAGGCAGGGAGUAAAUGUGUAACUCCAGGUCCAAGAAACAAAACACCCAUUAGGCUGAAAAAAAAAAAAAAAAUAUUCUCAGAAGCCACUGAGAAUUUGCAUCACGGCCUUCUUACACCAGGUACAAAAUCAAAAAAAAGUAGUCUUUGCAACCAUAGACAUGCAGGUCAGGACUGCAGUGAAACAGCUGAAACAAAAGUGAAAAGUUCCUUUGGGCUCUAUGAACCGUCUUUUGGUAAAGUUACCAAAACAAGGCAGAAGGACAGUUCCAUUGAAGCGGAAGGCUGCGCUCACAUGACAUUUGCUGAAAGGAAAAGUCUUAUGAAAGAACUCUUUGGACCAGGCUGUGUUUGAAGAGACAACCAUUCAAGUUCUAACAUGAGAGGAAUGAAGAAAGAGAAGUGA